GCCAAUUUUCAUUCCAGAAAUUAUUAUAUUAUAAUAUUAAUUGAUUUAUCACUCCCUUCUUCUUCACACAGAAUCAUCCAGAUUCACCUAUAACUAUUCUGAUGUAGCGAAUCGUGUACAAUUGUAAAUUGGGUUGAUUGUUACCCAAUGUGACUAUCAAAGAACAAUCUUGUUUCUCCUUCAGUUUAUGGCUUAUAAAAUGGAAGGUCCGGUUAAGAAUCAGAUAGCUAGGUCUGUGUCACGAUUAAGCGGUCCUCAUCGUUCUGAUUAUGAAGGAGAUAUCAGGUUUAAUGGAAAGUCUCCUAACAAGAGGCGGGUUUUUGUCCAAACUGAAAACGGCUGUGUUUUAGGAAUGGAUUUGGAGAGAAAAGACGAUGUCCAUAUGGUGAAAAGAAGGAUGCAUUUAUGUUUAAAUAUUCAGACUGAUGAAAGUUCGUUGACGUUUGGUGACAUGGUUUUAAAUAACGAUCUGAGUGGUAUUAGAAACGAUUCUUCACUUCUUUUGACCAAGAGUUUAAUGCACAGGAGCUCCUCGACUCCUUGUUUGUCACCGACAGGGAAGACGCUACAACAUAGAGAUCAGAGUAAAGUUGUCGAGAUCAUUGGGCGUGCUAGUCAUUUCACCAAAACAAACGAGCUUGUGGAAGAGGUUAUUGAUGGGUUAAAAGCUAAUGUUGAUCCAAUUCCAGUGAACGGCGGGCUAGGGGGUGCUUAUUAUUUUAGGAACCGUGAAGGUGAGAAUGUUGCUAUCAUUAAGCCUACAGAUGAAGAGCCGUUUGCACCUAACAAUCCGAAAGGUUUUAUAGGAAAACUACUUGGUCAACCAGGCCUUAAAAAUUCUGUUCGGGUUGGUGAAACGGGCUUUAGAGAGGUUGCAGCUUAUCUUUUAGAUCAUGAUCAUUUUGCCCGUGUGCCAUUAACAUCUUUGGUAAAGAUCAAACACUCGAUCUUUAAUCUCAAUGAUUGUGUAAAUGGGAACAAGGUUAUGAAAAAUGAAGGAGUUAGUAAGAUUGCUUCUAUUCAACAAUUCAUUCCGCAUGGUUUUGAUGCUAGUGAUUAUGGGACUUCAGGAUUUCCUGUUUCUGAUGUACAUAGAAUAGGGAUAUUAGAUGUUAGAAUCUUUAACACGGAUAGGCAUGCUGGAAAUAUGCUUGUUAGAAAGGUUAGUGGCGGUGAAUUUGGUAAACUCGAGCUCAUUCCUAUUGAUCAUGGCCUUUGUCUUCCUGAAUGCUUAGAAGACCCGUAUUUCGAAUGGAUUCAUUGGCCUCAAGCAUCUAUCCCCUUUUCAGAAGACGAACUCGACUAUAUAGAAAAACUUGACCCUUAUCUUGAAUCUGUAAUGCUGAGAAACGAAUUACCAAUGAUCAGGGAAGCAUGUAUACGGAUUUUAACACUUUGCACAGUUUUUCUAAAAAGAGCAGCAGCUUUUGGUCUCUGUCUAGCCGAGAUUGGUCAAAUGAUGAGCCGUGAAUUUAGGUGUAAGAACCAGGAUCCGAGUGAACUUGAAUAUAUAUGCUUAGAAGCUAUGCAUCAAGCAACUGGUUAUUCUGAUUUUGAAGAAAAUUCUUAUGCAAACGAAUCAAUUUUUGGAAAGUGCUCUUUGGUUUCUGGUCGGUCUUUACCUUAUAAAGAGGCGGGCCUUGGUAAGAAAGACAGGGGUAGCAGGCAGGUAAAAGUAGGUCUUAUGGGGGUUCGGUCAAGUGCAAAGGAGUUGGUGGGUGUACAACCCACAAGCUUUGUGAAGGUUGGGGAUAUGAAUGAUGAUGAGUGGCAGGUGUUUCUCGAAAAGUUUCAGGAGCUGGUUGGGCCUGCGAUGGCUACUAGGAAAAUUUCAAGUGUAUGCAUCAGAAACAAUCUUACAAGGCUUGGGAGGUCUUGCCAGUUUUGACAACAUUGUGCAUCACAAAUUUUCAGGAGCCGGUUAGGCCCGCCAUGGCUGCUAUUUUGUAAGUAGCUUCAAGGAACAUAUAUACUAUUAGUUCAUUCAUAGUUAAAUAACAUAUAUACUAUUAGUUCAUACAUAGUUAAAUGAAACAUUAUUUUCCUUUACCAGUUUCA